AUGGUCCGAACAAGAGCCGAAUCUCUCGCUGACCAGAGGCAGAUAAUAAACCACCUUCUCCAGUCUAAUCAUUACCAAGCCCUGAUUACUGAAGUGCUGAAGCAAGAGCUUCCUAAAUACACAAACAGCACCGUAAUCGACACUACAAAUAUGAUCCAUCACAUGCGUGAAUGUGCACUAAUUCUUGCCUCAGCAUCUCCAAUAUUCACAGCCGCUAUAGCCGGGGAUCUACCCUCUAGACUCCUAACCGACCCAGAGCUCCAAAGCGGAUACACGGCCCUCUCAGACCGAGCACAUUACCAACCUUCCAUCUACGCUCACUUUCUAACAGAUACCCAAGGAACACCACCAACACCGAACCAGUACCUCACCAUCAGCAACAUAGUGCAGGAAUACCUCGCCGAAAACACCGUGUCGCAGCACGCAUGGCACGUAGAUAACAUGACGCAUCCCCCCGUGUCAGUGGAUUCCUCGGGCGCCGGCCACCGCAAGUAUCUCCAUACCACUAAUAGUGCCAAAUCACGGUCUGCAAAGCGCUCAGAAACCCUUCACCGUUUCUGCACAGCCGCCCACCAGCGCUGGUUCGAUACCCCUGCUUCCCUCCGCGACACACCUUUUACCUGCCCCCCAGCUGAAGUCGGAUACUCACGGCACGCUCACUGUCGACUCCGCCAGCACCGGAUGCGGCAGUCGUCAAACUACAUUAUGAAUCUCGUUGAGGACAUAUGUAGCUAUCUGAAUCGAAUCGGGGUGUUCGAGCAGCAGUUCAGCAUGCACGGGUACGUCAUCUUUUUGCUGUUUCGAAGUGGCCAGGCUGCUAUUGCGGAGAUUCUUUGCUCGGAGCUGCUGCAGGUGUGGGUGGAGGGUGGAGGCGGAUUCAAUGCGUGUCCUGCGGGGAGGAGUGUGACGACUGCGAAGAGGGUGGGCAAGGGGGAGUGGGCCGAGUAUGAGAGGUGGGUGAGAGAGAAAUCGGGUGUUGUGGAGAAUAUGAGGGUGCAGCGGCAGAGGGCUGAAGAAUGGCGGAGGGCGCUGGAGUGGGAGGAUGAGGAGAGUAAGGAGAGGGAUGGUGAGUGUGCGUAG